CAACUUUCACAUGACUUUUCUAAUUUAUAUCGCUAAAUACACUAGUACAAAUCUUGAAUGCGUACUGAAAGCUCCGCUAAAUUAAUAUUCCGAAAAACGUAAUAUUUCUGAAUUUCACAAAUUGGAGGGAAAUGGCAAAGCGCUUCUCGAACAUACAAUUGCCCGUGAGCUGUGUGGGCCACACUAGCGACGUGUUCCAGCUGGCGUUCAGCAAGGUCUGCGAGUCGGGCUACUACUUGGCCUCGGCCUGCCAGGAUGGGCAGGUGAUGUUGCGACACGGCGACACCGGCGACUGGGUGGGCACCUUCGAGCAGGGCGGCGAGCCCAUUCUGAGUGUGGACAUCAAUGCGGAUGCCACUCUUCUGGCCUCGGGCGGCGACGACUGCGCGGCGCGCAUCUGGGAUGCAGUGGAUGGCAAGCAGCUGACAAAGAUGAUGGUGAACUCGACUGUGCGCUGCGUGGCACUCAGCUCCAAAUCGGAGUACCUGGCUGUGGGCUGCCUGGAUCGAAAGACGGGCCAUAGCACCGAUAAGGUUCUCUACAUGUACGCGCUGGAGCAUCCGGAAUCGCCGAUGUCGUUUGUGGGCCAAGCACGGGGCGUGCGGGAUGUCAUCUUCUGUCGGGACGAUCGCGCGAUGCUAUCCUCGUCGCACGAUCGCUCGAUACGCCUGUGGGAUCGGAUUAGUGGCAAGCAGGUGCACUCCAUCUCCUUGCCCCAUCACGCCAAGUCGGUGGAGCUGUGUGCGGACGGACGCACUGUGAGCAUUGCCUACGGCCACAGCACCGUCUUCGUCGAUGUGGACCGCUUCGAGGUGCUGCAGCAUCACAAGCUGCCCGUCCGCCUCAUCGGCGUCUCGCUGCAUCCGGAGAGGAAGACGUAUGUGUGUGCGGGCAGCAACCGCUGGAUCUACAAGUGUGACUAUGCCACGGGCGAAAUCCUGGAGACCUUCAACGCCCACGAGCGUCACAUGCACUGCAUCAAGUACAGUCCCGACGGCGAGGUCUAUGCCUCAUCCGCAGCCGACGGCGGGCUUCGCCUCUGGCAGCAGACAGUGGGCAAGAAGUAUGCAUUGUGGGAUGCACGAAUCCUUCCGAUCGAAGAAGAAGAUGACGAACAGGGCGACGCAGAUGAUGAUGAUGGGGGUGAUGAUUAUGAUGAUGCCGAGGACGAAGGCAACUACGGCGACGAAGCCAACGACGACGGCAACGGCAACGACGAGUAUGAGGAUGAGGAUGAGUAUGAGGACGACGACGAUGACAACGGCGAUGGCGAAGGCGAUGAUCGCCGUGUCGGCGUCGUCCACUUCGACGAAGAGUACGAUGACGGCGGCUGCGACGAAGACUUCGAUGGCGAGGGCAACGAUGCCAACAACGGCGGCGUCUGCGACGAUGAAGAGGAAUACGGCGACGAAGAGGGCGAAUACGAAGAAUACGACGAAGAGGACGAAUACGAAUACGAAGACGACGACAACGACGACGGUGGCUCUGACGACGUCGAAGCGCAGUCGUAUAGUUGCGCUUAGAGCUCGGAGAAAAACGAAAUCGGCCCCAAAACCAGAAUCCACAAUCUCGAAAACUGGAUAUCAACUGUGGCUGCACACGUGUUUAGCGUUUCUUUGGGUUGAUUUUCAUCAGUUUCUUAAAUUUGGUUCCAAUAAUAAAAUAAACGAAAAAGGGUCACGCUCUGGUCCCUCUAAUAAAUUUGUCUGCAA